AAAAAAAAUGAUGAGUAAAAUGUCAUUGUUCGGGGAUCAACUGUGAUAAGAUAAAAUCCUAACACUUUAAUACCCACCAUUGCAUUGUUUGGCAAAAUGAGGCUGUUAUUUGCGUUGGUUUUUACAAUUCUGGCUGUGCGAGCCGAUGUCCGAGUGUGUGACAUCAAGUGCGAACCUGAAGAUGAGUUUCUCGACGCCGAAACGGGCGAAUGGGACGAUUUUAUGGACGAAUUGGUUGCAAAAACCUUCGAAGAAGGACGAAUGCUCCCCUGUAGUAAAGAUCCUACCCAACUUAUCACAGUAGACCCUGGUGAUGACAUUGUUUGGGACUUGCGUUUUAAAAUCUAUAGCGAACGCAAAAUUAUAGGAGAGAAGACGUUAAACGAUUGUUAUUGUGAUUUUACCGAUUGUAAGAGUGAGGAGUUUAGGCAGUGUUUGGCAUCGGCCCGGAUUGCAAUGAAAAAUGAUAUAAAUACGGUUUUAGUGCGUGGUAUUGGUCAAUAUUUAUUGUUAGAAUCGUUAAAAUGUUAAAUAAAUGGUUAAAAAAUAA